AUGGGGUUGCAGAUCGAGGGGCAGGCUGCCUGCAUUAUGAUGACUGUCACUUGUGGUCUAUCAUAUCUCUUGUACGGCUAUGACCAAGGAUUCAUGUCGGGUGUUUUACUGGUAGACCAAUUCCUUGACCACAUGGGCAACCCGUCAAGUUUCACCCAAGGCCUUCUAGCCAGUCUAUACACCCUGGGUGCUUUUAUUGGAUCAAUAUUCAGUAUGACUUUCACCGAAAAAUUGGGUCGUAAAACACCUAUUUUGAUCGGAACUUGUCUGGUCAUCAUAGGCGCGACAAUACAGACGGCAGCAUACUCUCAAGCCCAGUUUAUCGUCGGCAGAAUUGUUGCCGGGUGCGGUACCGGCCUCAACACUUCAAUUAUUCCGGUCUGGCAGGCCGAGACUCUGCCGGCAAAGAAGCGAGAGCGCUUCGGAUCUAUACAGUACGUGUUGGUAUGUACUGGGGCAUCGAUCAGUUACUGGAUGUCGUAUGCGCUGUCCUACGCGUCCAACGGCGAGUUUGAGUGGAGGUUUGCAGUUGCUGCGCAGUUGGUAUUUGCUACUUUUACGUUGAUUUUUGUGCCCCUGAUGCCGGAAUCACCGAGAUGGCUGUUUCUUCACAACCAGACCGAGAAAUCCAUUUCAAUUCUGAUGAGGAUGCAUGGAACUACAGACCCAAAUAAUGAUGAAGUCCAGAAGGAAUUGAAAUUGAUUAAUCAGGCUGUGGAGAUUGAAGAAAUGAACAACACAAGCAAAUGGACCGACCUGUUCAAAAAUAAAUCAGAAACACAAAACCUUCGACGUGUCAUGCUUGGCUGGUGGCUCAUGUUUAUGGUCAUGUGGAGUGGGGUGUGUAGUAUUGGCUACUACAUAUCCUAUCUUUUCGAGACUUCCGUCGGACUCAGCCACAAUCUAUCUCUCUUGCUUUCCGGUUUCAAUGGAUUGUGGUAUCUCAUAUCGGCAUUGUUACCACCGUUGAUAAUCUCACGCCUCGGAAAACGCACAAUGCUCAUGACUGGUGCCUUGGGAAUGGGUUGUUGCUUCCUCACAAUGUCACUCACGAUUCGCUCUGGUACAUACGGUGCGUCGAUAGUCUGUGUAAUUGCUUUCUUCCUUUACUACACUUUCUUCGCCCUUGGAUUUCUCGCCAUCCCAUGGCUAUACAACGCCGAGAUUUUGCCACUGCAUCUACGUUCUAGAGGUGCUGCCAUCACGACCUCGUCCAACUGGCUAUGGAACUUUGUGACAGUCAUGAUUACACCGUCCGUCAUGGGCAAUUUGGGUUGGAAGGGAUACCUGAUUUUCACCGUGCUAAACUUUGCCUUUGUGCCGGUCAUCUACUGUCUCUAUCCCGAGACAACGGGCCGGCGGCUGGAAGAGAUUGAUGCAAUCUUCUACAAGACUUCUGCAUUUGUCGCUUUCACCGAGUGGACCGAGAUGGGCCAUUUCGAAGCAGAUCAGUUGGAUAACUUGGUUAUGAAUUUGGAGACUACCAAGGCGGUGGCUAUGGAUUCACAGCAUGUGGAAAGUGUUAGGCCUUGA